CUAUCGUCUACCGUUGGUGGCGGUAGAUGAUCGCGGCCUCGCUAAAUUUACGAAUUUUGAAAAUUGGAUUGGUCGAAUUACUUUAAAAUAUCCAUAAAAUACUGAAUUGAAAUCCUGUUUCUGUGUGCUCUAAGUAUCAUUUGGGAUUAAAUAUAAUGGCAGAAACAUCAAAUGAGUUUAAGUUGAACCAGUGUCCUGAUGAUGGUAUCUCGGCUGCCAAAUUUAGUCCAACAUCAUCACAAUUCCUCCUGGUAUCAUCGUGGGAUGAGACUGUCCGGCUAUAUGAUGUCCAAUCAAACCUACUACGUACAAAGUAUACCCAUUCUCAGGCUGUUUUGGACUGCUGUUUUUAUGAUGGUACUCACACAUACAGUGGUGGUUUAGACAAGCAAUUAAAGGUGUUUGAUGUUAAUACAAGCUCAGAGAUCACUGUUGGUAGUCAUGAGGGUGCCAUAAAAUGUGUAGAGUAUUGUUCCGAUGUGAAUGUAAUAAUCACCGGUAGCUGGGAUCAGACCGUCAAGCUCUGGGAUCCAAGGACGCCAUGCAACGCUGGAUCAUUCUCACAACCAGACAAGGUGUAUACAAUGGCUGUUUCUGGAGAAAGACUCAUUGUUGGAACGGCAGGUAGGAAAGUCCUUGUGUGGGAUCUCCGGAACAUGGGCUAUGUACAACAGAGACGAGAAUCAAGCCUUAAGUACCAGACCCGCUGUAUUCGUUCUUUCCCAAAUAAACAUGGAUAUGUACUAAGUAGUAUAGAGGGCAGAGUCGCUGUUGAAUACCUGGAUCCAAGCCCGGAGAUACAGAAGAAAAAAUAUGCAUUUAAAUGUCACAGAUUGAAGAAUGAAGGUAAGGAGGAGAUUUACCCUGUCAACGCCAUCGCCUUCCAUAACGUGCACAACACAUUCGCAAGUGGCGGCUCUGAUGGAUUCGUCAAUAUAUGGGACGGAUUUAACAAGAAACGUUUGUGUCAGUUCCACAGAUAUCCCACUAGUAUAUCCUACCUCGCAUUCAGUCAUGAUGGUACUAUAUUGGCAAUCGCUUCAUCGUACAUGUAUGAGAGUGGUGAUAUUGAUCAUCCAGAGGAUGCAAUCUUCAUCCGCAAAGUUACAGACCAAGAAACAAAACCAAAAAUUUGAAGGGAAAAAAGCAUGGAAAAUACGACCAAAACACACCAUGUUGCUGAUGGAAAUUGGAUAAGCUGAUGGGAUGCUUAUUUUAAGCUUGGUGAUGAAAGUGCAGUAGGCCUACCGACACUUUUGGAGCUAGGUCAGCCAGAUUCACAUUGCAAGAUUGAGUGGUCUGCGUUGUUGCAUCAUCAUAGCAACUGGUUAGAGAGGGGUGAACAUCAAUGGUUUCAUGUACAUGUUUUCUGUCUUUUUUUUAAUGUAAAUACUGUAUAUUGUUGCGAUUUCAUAAUUUGUUUUCCGUUUAUGUUUAGUGUUAAUGGGUGAUUAUACCAUGGUUACAUAAACGAUAAGCGGUUAUUGCCAUUUUGAUGGUUACAGCGGUUAUUGCCAUUUUGGUGGUUACAGCUAGUAUUAUCUGGGAAUCAAUUAUUUUUCUUGUUUUGUAUGUUUCAUUUUGAAAAUUCCAUUGAAAUAUAAUGUCAGUUAUGGACCAAUGAAAAAGCGUAAUAUUAAUUCUGUAAAAUACAAGGUAUUUUGUAAAAAACAAAUCAAAUGUAUUUGGAGAAUCUUGAAUAAUUAAAAAGUAGUCAGGAGUGCAUUUGUUUUAUGUAGGAUUUAUUAAUACUGUAUUAUUAUGCUGAAUAUUAGUAAAAUGCAUACAGUACUUUGCAAUUGGGUCAGAGACAAAAAUAGUAGAUGCAAUAACUGGCGCACACAACUUGAAAAGGAACAUGUAGAGUAGACUGCGCCAAGUUUUGAGGGGGGAAAGCCAAUUUCCAGGUAUAUAGAGGUGGUCAUAUUUU